AGACUUCAGAUUAGCAGAAGGAGAGGCACCAGUCACGCUCUGACUUCACCACCAAAGGUUUCACCUCUCAGGACCCGCUGCUCUGACUUUCUGCCUUCAGGCUUCCAACAGAGGCUCCUUCAGUCCGAGAUCAUCUUUAGAAUUUGGAUUUCUUCUUCUUUUCUUCAUUUUGAGAGGUUUUCCAGAAACGGUGCGACCAUGUCGACGGCAUUGGAGGCAGUGGGGUACGUCAUGUGCAUAGUUGGCUUCCUGGUCAACGGCGCGGCGCUGGCUAACGACUACUGGAAGAUCUCAUCGGUGUCCGGCAGCGUCAUCGUCUCGCAGAGGGAGUUUGAGAACCUGUGGCACGCCUGCACCGAGAACAGCGCCGGCAUCGCCAACUGCCGCGACUUUGAGUCCAUGCUGGCCCUCCCAGUUUACGUCCAGGCGUGUCGUGCUCUGAUGAUCAUCUCUCUGCUGCUCGGCCUCGGCUGCAUGAUCGUCUCUCUGCUCGGACUCAAAUGUAUCAAGAUCGGAUCGACCACCAUGGAGUCCAAGGCGAAGAUGGCCGCCGCCGGAGGAAUCAUGUGCAUCCUGGGAGGACUGUGCUGCAUCAUCGCCUGUUCCUGGUACGGAUACCAGGUGGUUCAGGAGUUCUACAACCCGCUGUAUGGAGGAGGAAAGUUCGAGCUCGGUACCGGCCUCUUCCUGGGUUGGGCCGGAGGCUCCCUCUGCGUCCUGGGUGGAAGUCUCCUCUGCAGCGCCUUCAAGAGAGUGUCACCUGCUGGAAAGAAAGGAAGUUACCCGGCGAAGAAGGUUUACACGGCUACGGCCCGGACCGACACAGAAUCCCCCAAAGCUUACGUCUAAUCACACGUUUCUAUCUGGACUGUUUCCUUUCGUUUCUAGAAGGUUCUGCUCAGUUUCAAGCUGUGACAUAAAAACCAAAAUAACUGGAAGUUUUUCUCCAUCAACGUUUGUUUUUGGGUUCAGGAUGAAUCUUUGACGUCUGACAGUCUCCUUCUACGCUGAUGAUGUUGCCGUUUUCUGUCUUUUGUUUGAAUUAUUUUAAAUCUUCAAUGUUGGUUUUAUUAAAAGUGAAGAAAAUAUCUGAUUGUUGAUGAUUUUAACAAAACUGUUUCACAUUUGUUUUUAUCUGAAUAAAGUUUGUUACCAAAACAUUUAA